GCCGUGCUGCACAGGCGCAUCGGUUCUUUGCUUAAAAAAUCACCAGAAAUAACAACAAUUGUGCUCGUCUCCGCACCUCCAGAUAAACCCUGGUCUGGCAUGGGCGACAAGAGGAGUCCCACAAGGCCGAAGCGUCAACCGAAGCCCUCCUCCGACGAGGGGUUUUGGGACUGCAGCGUGUGCACGUACAAGAACACAGCAGAGGCUUUCAAGUGCAUGAUGUGUGAUGUCAGGAAAGGGACAUCAACAAGGAAACCUCGUCCUGUCUCCCAGCUCGUCUCGCAGCAGCAGGUAACUCAGCAGUUUGUGUUGCCCUCGCAGCCAAAAAAGGAAAAGAAAGAGAGAGUAGAGCGGGAGAAGAGCGACAAAGAGCCAGCCCUCAAGAAGAACAAUCACAAGAAGAUGAGGCCACGAUUAAAAAACAUCGACCGGAGCAGCGCCCAGCACCUGGAGGUGACGGUUGGGGACCUGACAGUCAUCAUAACAGACUUUAAGGAGAAGGCCAAGCCCUCGUCCACCUCGGCCACGUCCUCCAGCGCCGCAUCGGUCGCCGACCACCACAGCCAGAACGGCUCCAGCUCAGAAAACACAGAGAAGGGGAUUUCCCGCUCCUCUUCACCCCGAGGAGAGGGCAGCUCGGUAAACGGAGAGUCCCACUGAGUCAACCCCUGAAUCGAACGCCCCCCACUCCCACCCCCAGCCUCCGCACACACAAACACACACACACACACACACACAUACAUCUCAUUUGCAAGUCCACAGGUUACUGGAGGAGCAUCCCCGCCUCUGCUUUAGAACUGCACAAUGUUUUUUUUUAAUCUUAUGGAUAUUUGAAUUUCAGUAGGAAUUGUGAACCCAUUUGUCAGAGAGCGAGGUGCCAACCCAUCAGAUUUGCCCAGUUUUAAUAAGUUGAAAGAUGCUCCACACCUCUGGAACUCAUCAUCAUUUAGAAAGCAAUAUGAAUCCUCCUCUGCUCCAUCGUGGAAGUUGCAGUAAUCCACAUUUUCAUCUGGAUAUUUUGUGUAAUCGAUAGAACACACACUGUUUAAAGCUUGCCACUUAGUAUAUUUACUCUGCUGCUUCAGAGCUGACCUGAGGACCUGAGAAAGAUGAAUAAAUGUUUGGACAAGCUUUGGACAGUGUGCUCGACUGUCUCUGUUUUUUUUAAAUCCUCUGUCGUUUCCUUCAGAUGCACCUGCCUUUUCACGAAUUUUCAUUCUUUUCCCAACAAUAUUUUUGUCAAAUGAAGUGUGCAGCCCUAUCCCUACUAUCCUCAGUGACCAGCAGACUGACCUGUUCUUCCCCCAUGUGGAAUUUUCAGCCUCCGUCUGGACGCUUUACCUACCUGUUAUAACCCUGAACCAUCUAUUCCCGUCAGUGUCCCGACACUGAACCUUCGACCUCACAGCGAACCUUCUCUCCUGAUCUUGAUACUCCCAAGCUUUUACUUCUGGACUGCCUCCUGCUGUAGAACUUUAGAGUGACUUUUUUGACACAGCGGAUGUGCUGUACUCUUACCGGCACCAUUUGGUGUUCAUCCAUAAUGUUUGGAGCAGGUUGUUCAGUGCAGGUAUGCUUGUUUCGCCCAUAUAAAAGGCACCUGGUAGUUCUUGGAAAAGCCCGAUUUUAAUGGUGCAGGAAGAUACAGCAGCAGAUUUUAAAAAGGAUGAUACCGGUGUGUUGUGUGUUUUAAGUUUGUGCCAGUAAUGUAGGCUACAUUAUUCUUAUUUCUUAGCAACUUGAUGAGUUUUGAGGUUCACAUUGAGACCUGGAGUGAUAGGUCUCUACAACUAUUGUAUGGAUUGCCAUGAAAUUUGCACACAUGUAUGUGUCCCCCUAGGAUCAAUUCUAAUAAAACUAAUCACAUUCCCAUCAGCAUCAGCUACUCUAUACAUUGCUUAGUGCUAAUUAGCAAAUGUUAGCAUGCUAACAUACUUAACUUAGAGGGGGAACAUGGUAAACAUUCUUGUAAUACGUCAGCAUGUUAGCAUUGUCAUUGUGAGCCUGUUAGCAUGCUGAUGUUAGCACUUAGUUGGAAAGCCCCGCCGUGUCUAAAUGCAGCCGCACAAAGCCGCUAAUGUGGCUGCUUGUUCUUUACUGGCUUCUAUUCAUUUAUGUGAAGUAUAUUAAUAACUACUGCAGACAUAAAUCUGCAUUAAGUCAUAUUUCAUAGAAACAUGGAAACAAGUGACCUAGUGUAAUGUGAGAAGCUGAGCAUACACAGAAUUACCAUGCAUCGUUUAGCUCAUUGUUUUGGUUUGCUGGGCUUUACAUAGACAGGAUGGUGUUACUGCUGCUACCCACUCUGCAUAAUAAACUACAGACAGUAACUGUUACGCUACCUGGGCAGCAUGAAAAACACCAGAGAGUUAAAGUAAACUAGUAGGUGCUAAAGUUGAGACUCUAGCAGUGUUGGUAGAAACCCAACCAGAACUAAAAGUCAAGUGAAUAUUGAACUUGUCUAUCUCAGACGGCUAGAAACAGGAAUCUAAAGAGACGCCUAUGUUGGUAUGUGUCUGCUAUAUAUAUGUACAUAGGCCAUAACAGCUAAAUUUGAUAAUAUCUCAGGGCUGACACCUGCAGAACAAAAUGCAAGUCUCUGCAAAUACUGUAAUAAGUCUUUGAAAACUUGUAGCCUGUAACAUGUAUCAUCAUGUGUCUGUUAUUGCUAUUGUUUUUCGGUAUCUGGUACAAGAGUUCAUUUCAAGCCAGGUCUAAGACAGUGAAAUUAGUUCAACAGAUUAAAAAAAGAAACAUCGGUAUUCUCCUUUUUAUUCUGUCUCUGCUGCACAAAUAGGACUACACCUGCUCAGUAUCCCAGUGGAAACCCAGAAGGUGCGAAAACUGUCCUCGCACCCACAGCGGACCCAGUUUUGGAUACAGCACGAUGCGCGCACAAUGGAGGAGGAAAAAAAAGAGUUGUGACUUUUGGACAGACACAUUUAUUUGCUGUAUAGGCGAUGGCUUACAGUGUGAAGGACUUCAGAAACUGUUUAAAUUCCUUCAUUUUGAUGUAGCAAAGUGGAGGAGCUUUAGAGUAUACUAAACUCCCAGCAGAACAACUAUAGAUCAACCUAACUACACAAUAACUUAUAAAAAAACCUGUAGAAUUACACAGAUAAAAAUGGAUAUUUCUAAAAAAUAUUGUACUACAAUGUUUUGAUGUGGUUGUAUUAUCCAUCAUACAGUGUUAUUGUCAAGACUCUUUCUUUAACAUUUUAGUACAGAUCCUGAGAACUGUCAUGGCAUGAUAAUAUAUGGUCUCGGUAUAAUGUGGGACAGGCUAUGUCUCUUAGUUUGUUAGUAUCGUUUAAUGUGUCAGAGACGUAUUCUCAUAGGUUCACUGCACUAGCUGGGACUAAGUGUGUGGGCUGAUGAGAACUGUUUAGAGAGACAUUUUGUUAUUCGUUUGUGGCAAAAAUGGAAAGACACUUAAAAAUGUGUUGGUGUCACUUGAUGAUAAUUUGUUUGUUUUGCUUUGCCAUGCUCUAUUGUUUUAAAAUGUGUGAACUUGUUUAUUACAUGUCUGAAUAAGAAAAUAACAAAAGUAAAAAAAAA